UCAGAUUCUUGUCCGAAUGCUGAAACUAUUGUUAAAGAAGAGGUGACUAAAUUGUACCAUAAGCAUGGAAAUACAGCCGUAUGGGUCAGAAAUCUCUUCCAUAUUGCAGUCAUGCGAUGCUUCAAUUUAUUGGAUGAAGAUCAAACAAGUGGUAUAGAGUCCGAAAAAUAUCAUUCCAGGAAUUUUGGAAUGAGAAACUUCAAAUUUAACACAAUCAAAGAAGCACUUGAAAAUGAAUGUCCAGCAACAGUAUCUUGCGCCGAUAUUGUGGCUCUUUCAGCUAGAGAUGUGUUUGAACUGUUAGGAGGGCCACGCAUAGAAAUGAAGACAGGCCGAAAGGAUAGUCGAGAAAGCUAUGCAGCAGUAGUGGAGGAUUUUCUUCCAAACCACAACGAUACUAUCUCACUUGUUUUAUCGCGAUUCCCCAUUGGGGUCGACCAAGAAGGCACGGUUGCUCUUUUAGGAGCUCAUUCAGUCGGAAGAGUACAUUGUGUGAACCUAGUAAAUCGACUCUAUCCAACGGUUGAUCCAACUCUAGACCCUGAUUAUGCUGAAUAUCUGAAAAGAAGAUGUCCAACACCAGACCCUGAUCCAAAUGCGGUUGAAUACGCAAGAAAUGAUCUCGAAACGCCCAUGGUGCUAGAUAACAUGUUCUACAAGCAUUUAUUAAGCCAUGAGGGGCUACUACUAGUUGAUCAGCAACUAGCCUCAGAUCCUUCAACUUUGCCUUUUGUUGAAAACAUGGCAGCUGAUAAUACUUACUUUCAUGACCAAUUUGCCAGAGCCAUGAUUAUAAUGUCUGAGAAUAAUCCUCUUAUUGGUGACCAAGGCGAAAUUCGGACCCAUUGUAGCCGGCUGAAUGCUAGUUAAACAACGGUUUUGGGUAGUACAUGCAUCUUUAGG